AUGGAAAUGGAGAGGGAGAGAGAGGAGCUGGAGAAAGAGAGGGAGGCCGAGUUGGAGCUGGAGAGAAAAAAUAUGGAGAGGGAGAAAGAGCUGGAGAGGACAGAGCACGAGGGUGAGAGAGACUUGGAGAGGGAGAGGCAGGAGUGGGAGAGGAGGAGGGUGGAGAUGGAGAGGGGGAGAGAGGGGGGUUAUGAUGAAGAAACUGGACAGCCGUACCCUCCAGAGUAUUUUUACCUCAAGGGACAUCCAGGUGAGAAUGGAGCACCGGGACGAAAGGGGGAAAUUGGUGAAAACGGACACAAGGGAGAGCCAGGCAUUGGCCACAGAGGUCCAGAAGGCCAGGCUGGUCCUCCAGGACAUAAGGGUGAACCAGGCGAGCCAGGGCCUCCAGGUGCUCAGGGCAUCCAGGGUAUUCGUGGUAACACGGGCAUGCAGGGCUCCUACGGACUUAGGGGUUCCCCGGGGGACUCGGGAGAGCCGGGCAGGGAGGGUGAUCGGGGGAAAAGGGGGAAGAAUGGAUCGCCUGGAGCUCCUGGACCUCGAGGAGCAGGAGGACCUCACGGUCCUUCUGGUGUGCCUGGAGUCAAAGGAGAAAAGGGUACCAGUGCUCCUGGCGAGCCUGGUGCCAGAGGGUUGCUUGGCUUCCCAGGCAGAAGGGGUGAAAAAGGCACUCUCGGCAUUAGAGGAGCUCCUGGGUAUUUAGGUCCAAAAGGCUGGCAUGGCAGCAAAGGUGAAAAGGGUGAUCAUGGGUUACUUGGAGUCAGAGGAGAAAGGGGGAGUUUGCUUCAAAUCCAAGGACCCCGUGGAUUUAAAGGUUCCAAAGGAGAGGCUGGUGAGCGAGGCCUACCGGGUUUUGAUGGUGAUAAAGGAGAAAAGGGCGAGGAUGGUCCUCCUGGAGUCAAGGGCAUAAAGGGUGAUGCAGGCACCAAGGGGGCAUUGGGGCGCUUUGGAGCACGAGGACCAGUAGGCCAGAAGGGAGAUCCAGGAGAGCCAGGAAUUCAUGGAGUGAUGGGUCGCAAUGGAGAUCACGGAGAUGAUGGGGCCAAGGGGGACACAGGAGACAAAGGACUGCUGGGCGAGAAGGGCAAUCAGGGUGAUCAAGGAGAACCAGGCUCACCAGGAGACCAUGGGGAGAAUGGAGAAAAGGGCUUCAUAGGUUUACCUGGACGCACUGGGAAUCCAGGCCUGGAUGGAGAAAAGGGAGAUAUGGGGUUACACGGAAUCCCUGGUGUACCUGGGCUGAAUGGACUCACAGGGCGCAAGGCCGAUAAGGGACAGGGAGGCAUCAAUGGUGCUGAUGGUGCUCCAGGAGUGAAAGGAGACAAGGGGGAAUCAGGCUUCUCAGGUUUUCCAGGGUUUAAGGGGUCUUUAGGGAGUCCAGGAAGGGAUGGAGAUGAGGGACCACCAGCACCUCCAGGACCCCGAGGGGUCACAGGACCUAAGGGGGACAAGGGCAGAAGGGGCAGAUCGAAGCAAUGUCAGAGGGGAGGACCCGGUAUUCCAGGACUAAGAGGACAGAGUGGCAAAAUGGGUAUUGAAGGAGGAAGAGGGGAGAAGGGGGAGCCUGGACUCUCAGCUGAAGAAGUGAAGGAGCUAGUCACCCAGCAGGUGGUAGAAAAGUGUGGGUUGGAAUACAAGUUCAUGGUAAAGUCUGUGGAUCCAGAUGGAACAACGGCAGUGAUUGACAAUAGAAAAUUGCCAGAUGAUGUCGUGAUAUCCCUCCACCGUGACCUCCAUGAAGGAGGAAUGGAGGAAGAAGUGGAAGAAUAUGGAGACAAACUGGAAGAAAACACUCGUCCUGCCCCUGUGAUCCUACCAAACCGCACUGAUUCUCUUGAGGGAGGGACUGCAGAGUGGGGACAGAGGAAGAAAAGAAGGGUGUUUGGAACAAACACUGCUGCAGCAGACCACUGCCUGGAGCCGAUGUCAGAGGGGGCCUGUUCAGAAUAUGUUCUGCUCUGGUACUUCCACCUUCGCUCAGGGGAAUGCAGGCCGUUUGUGUACGGGGGCUGCGGUGGCAACAGAAACCAAUUCUCCUCAAGACAAGAGUGCCAGAGUUGGUGUGGGAUGGAGAGGAGAGGUACCGAGCCCUGGGGAGGAAACUAGCAACCCACGUCGAGAAAAAUCAUUUUUGUAUAUAACUGUGUAAAAUGUUAUAAUGUUGUGUUUUGUAUUGGAUUUAUUUAUAUAUUUCAACAGAUCCUGAUUUGUUUUAUGGACAAAUUGUGUUGCAAUUCAAAAUGUGAAUUUUUUCAUUUUUAUACAUGUUUCUGAAACAGACUGACUUAAGACUGAGUGUAAAAAGUGAUCAAUAUUUUACACUACUGAAAAAUUAAAUCUAUCUUUUUGUGUG